UUCGAGUGAUAUAAAAAGGAGAGAGAGACGAGAUAUCCACAUUUUUGAAUUAUGAUGGCACACGACAUGGAGCGAGUACUGAUGUCCCCGGCGUUCGAAGUGUUUAACAAGCUUCGGCUGGCAGGACAGCUUUGUGACGUGGUCCUCAUCACCGACGGUGUUCAAUUCAACGCCCAUAGAGUAAUUCUGUGUGGCUGUAGCUCCUACUUCCAGGCUCUGUUCGCCAGUGACUGGAAUGAUUCAGGAAAGCGGGAGUACCAACUCCCAGGCAUUUCCCCAGAAACACUGAGGCAGGUCAUAGAGUAUGCCUACACGUACUCUGUGGUCAUCACAGCUGACAAUGUGGAGAACCUCCUGGCAGCUGCUGAUUAUCUCAGUGUCUUGGGCAUCGUACAGCGCUGCUAUGAUUUCCUGCAUGAGCAGCUCUGCCUCAACAACUGCAUUGGCCUUCUUAAAAUCGCCGAUGUCUACUGCGUAAACGAGCUGCACCAGUCUGCAUUCAACUUCAUCUUGAAAAACUUUAAGGAGGUUGCCAUCAGCUCAAAUGAGUUCCCAGAACUAAGUCUUGAACAACUUUCUGACAUCAUCGAGCAGGAUGAGCUUAAUGUCAGAGAAGAGGAUGUAGUGUUUGAGGCCAUCCUCCGGUGGAUCGAGCACGAGCCUGCCACCCGAGAGGCCCACAUUUCAGUCCUAUUGGCCAAGAUUCGGAUGGCUCGUAUGGAUCCGGAAUACUUCAUGAAAAUCGUCAAAGCCAACGAUCUAGUGAAGGCCAAUGUGGCGUGCAGGCCAAUCAUCACUAAUGUACUGAAGGUCAUCUAUGAUCUUCAUGAUGAACGUCCACGAUCUGAUUUUGAGAACCCACUGAUCCGCCCGCGCUUGCCCUCUGACAUUUUGCUGGCUGUUGGUGGAUGGAACAUGCGCACGACAAACUGGAUUGAAGCCUAUGACACCCGGGCCGACCGCUGGGUGGAUAUAACACAGGGGCAGGAGACUCGCCAGUCCGGCCAUGGCAGUGUGUGUUUAAAUGGCUUCAUGUAUUGUUUUGGGGGUUAUGAUGGCCAUAAUUUCACCGAUGCUGUGCUCAGAUUUGACCCCGUCGCACGGACAUGGCAGCACAUGGCCCCUAUGCACUGGCGCCGCUGUUGUGUCAGUGUGGCCGUAAGUAACGGCUUCAUCUAUGUGAUGGGUGGCCGUUUAGACGUGUCGCCUCUGAAUAUUGUAGAGCGAUAUGACCCAAAUGCCAAUGAGUGGACCAUCAUCCAGCCCAUGCAUGAGGAGCGACAGGAUGCCAGUGCCACCACCCUGAAUGGAAAGGUAGGUUAAUAGGAGGGCGUCUGACUGUGGUUACCCUCAUUUUCCCCUUGAAAUUGAUUAUGUUACAUACUCAGUAGCUCGCUUUGUCUUCAAAUGGUUGAUUUCAAUCCAUAAUUGUUUAUUCAGUGAACGUCAGUGUUUAGAUAAAACAUAAAUGACCUUGCAUUGUCGCUCUGCAUUAGUGGCACAUUGGGCAGUGCUGUGGUGUCCAGCUCUAUGUUUUUGCAAUUUUGCCCACAGCCCAAGACUUGUGAGAUACAAUAACUGGUGUUAACGUAGGAGCUUUACCCAAUUCCAGUCCUGGAGGGUCAGAAUCCUAAACAAUUUGCAGAUUUCCCUAUUCAAACAAACCUAGUGAACUUAAUUAGCUGAUUAAGCUGCGGUUCACAAGGGAAAUGAUCACAACUAACUGUAAAUUCCCUACCAAUGCCCAUGUGCUUCCUGUGGUAGGCUCCAGGUUCACCACCACCCUGUACUGAAUAGACUUUUAUGGAAGGUGGAUGGAUUAAACAUCCAUUAGCUAAAUGUACAUUUACGCUUUCUAGAUCUCCAUCUCCAAUCAUGUACAGCAUAACACACAUCACUUGUGAACCAUCUUUCCUAGAUAUACAUUUGUGGGGGUAGCAAUGGAGCUCAGACCACUUCCACUGCGGAGUGCUAUGAUCCACUCACGGGCGAAUGGACCUUGAUCGCUCCCAUGCGCACUCGCC